CUAACCCCUACCCUCUAUCUGAUCAGUUGUGAAGUUCAAAUAGUCUGCCUCUGCAAUUAAGAUUUGGAUUUUUUGUAAUGCAAUAAUUUAUAUCAAAUGGCAGUUGAGUGAGCAGCCAGGCUCAGAUUCUUAGAAAUUUUCCACAAAUGACUCAGUCACUUGUACGAUGCCCUGGCAAGUUAAAUAAGGAAGUCUUGAGAUUUCCAGGUGGUACUAGUGGUAAAGAACCCACUUGCCAACAAAGGAGAGGUAAGAGUUGCAGGUUCAAUCCCUGGGUUGGGAAGAUGCCCUGGAGGAGGAAAUGGCAACCCACUCCAGUACUCUUGCCUGGAGAAUCCCAUGGACAGAGGAGCCUGGAGGGCUACAGUCCAUGGGGUUGCAAAGAGUCGGACACAACUGAAGUGACUUAGCAUGCACAAAUAAAGCAUAAAUUCAUGUUUGGAUUCAGGGGCUUUGGUGAACUGACCUUGAGCUACUUACCAUUCUGACCUUUCAUUUUUCCCUUGCAUCUGUCCUGUAACUUAAACCAUGAUAACUGUGAAUUAGCUUCUUUAGGUUUCCAGCCUCCAGUCCUUCACUUAGAAACCCUUGUCUCUACCGUCUGUCUCCAGCUCCUGAUGUGUAAAUGUGCUUCCCUCCAUAAAGCCUUCCUGGAAUCUCCUGCUUUCCUGCCUCCCACUGUCCUGUUAGGUCUUUUCUCACUUACAAAGCCCUAUGCUUUUGCUAUCACCACUGUCGUGGGGAGUGGCUAAAGAGGGAUUAAUAUGGAAAGUCCACAGGCAGAAAAGGGCUCCAGGGGUCAUGAGAGUUCCUGAAGAGUGUGUGGAAAGCUUUCUCAUGGGUUUAGAAAUACACAGGAGCUCAGAUGGCACCAAAAUCCUUAGAUUUAAAGCAAGCUUCACAUCAUGCUGCAUUGCUUAACAAGCCACUCUGUAGCCAUCUUUAUGUAAUAAAAAGAUGGUAGUGACUGAUGCCUAACAGGUUCAGACUAAUACUGUGGAGUUUCCACUUGCUACCAAAUAAAUGCUUGUAAAGUCUAGAGAUCCCAAGAUGAAAGACAUUUUGUAGGUUUUAAAUGUGCAAGAUCCAACCAGUCUUCUGUCUUCUCCUCUAGUCAGCACUAAUCCUCCAAGAGAGAGGUGGAUGAAAAGGCAUUAUAGAAUCUGAGGAAGUAUGCAUCUAGGGUCUCCAGAUUUUCUUUGGAGGCUGGUGGUUUAAAUCUGGAGCAGACAAAGGCAAAGUGCCAAUUCCAAAACUUGGAAAGGGAGCUGUGUUAGGGUGUGAGGCGACUCCACCUUUCUGUUUUAAUUAGAAAGCAGGAAGGGCCAAGAUUGUUCUUUCUUCCAAGUUCACCAAAGGAAAAUCUGACACCAAUUCUGUUCUUAGGAAUUUCAAAAUAAAUAGAGAAUUCUUUGAACUCUGUAAUCAACGAACUGGAAACUAAUUUAAAAUUUGGCAUCAGCACAUAUAUUUGUGUUAUAGGAAUGAGGGAAGCAUCAAAGAGGUGCUCCCUAUACUUCUCUUUUUAAAAGUUUACAUGUGAAAUGAACAGAUGCUUUUUUUGUUGGAGCUAUCAGGGUAACAAGAGGUUGAAAGCUGUAUCAGGUAUUUAUUUCAGUCACUGAGAUGGCUAUUGGCAGAGUUCCACAUACCAAAACUAAGGAGAAACUCAUGAACAGAUUAAAAAAAAGACAUGGAGGAAAGAGACUUUGUGCCUUUUUUCUCUCUCAAGACAAACUGAUGAUUUAAAGAAAGGAGCAAAGCACUUUUUGCAGGGGAGGGGAGUAAUUGGUCAACUUUAUGUAAUCCUUUCUAUAAGGCCAUGUUUGAAUUUUGGAGAGGUUUCUUUGUAAUAGUGUCUUAAUAUAGCCUCCUAAUACACUCAUCAGAGAGAAUGUGACUUAAGCUGAUAAGUAAUUUCAAUCUGAACUUCAUAGUUGCUAAAAUGCUCCCCUUACUGGGUGGACUGUAAUGUGGAGCACUGGUGAGAUUGGUGAGACUAAGGUAGAUAGGUGUGGGGAAGGAUUAAGAAAAGACUGAAUUCAUUGGCACCUGAUUUAGUGAGCAAACAGGAAAGGAAUUUCUGGCUAUGAAGUUUGUGAUUCCACAUCAAGAUCAUUCUUUAUAAUAGAAUAACCACCCACCCUUAGUCCAGAGCCAGAAUUCCUCAGAUUCUUCCAGCCAGAGGGCCCCUGGCACACUAAACAGUCUGUUGUGAUAUCUGAACACGUAAGUGAGUGUAUUUGGCCAGGGAGAUUUGCUAGUGAAAUUGAUCUUGCCUUCCCUGGGUUUUUCCAGUUGUACUUAAUAAUUAAAGGAAAAUUAAAACCCAGACUCCCUGAAACGUUAAGUAUCAGAUACAUAAGCUAAUCAAGCCCUCCAAUCACAUUGAAUUAGAGUUAGAAGGGACCUUAAAAUUCAUCUUGAACAAACUGAAAGAGGAAUUGUAAAUCUCUUUCCCCAGAUCUCUGCCAAGUGAUUGCUUGAGUUUCUGCUCAGACACCUCUGGGGUCAGGAAAGUCAUCCCUUCAGGGGACGCCCUAUUCUCCAAAUAGCUGGGAGAAAGCUUUGUUGAUUUGAAAUCUGCCCUUGGAUCGUAGUGUGCCAGCUUAAGUAGACAUCCAGAACAAGCUUCCUUCCUCCCACUUCCCAGCCCUUUAGAUACCUGAUGUUCAUCAUAUUGCUUGGAAACCAUCCCUAGGUCAAGCAUUCUUGGUUCUUUCUGCUGUUUGUUCCUCAGAGGACAGUCUUGCAGUGUAGGACCAGGAGGGGUCAGCAUUGUGGGGCAGCUCCUUUAACAGUUUUAGGACUAAAGAAUAUUCAAGUUAGAAAAGCUGUUAAGACACAAUCUAGUCUGCCCACCCUCCCUUUCAGUUUACAGAUGGAUAGAGAAUCUUUUGAAUUUGAGUGGGCAGAAAUUGAUCAGCAGCCUCUUUCAAAGUAAGAAAUGAAGUGUAAGACAUUUUGCCAGUGAAAGGUCUUUUAGUUACUUAAUUCUGAUUGCAGGCUUCAGCUGACACCUCCUUUUUGCCAAAGACCUCUCUGGCUCAAGUCAGCCUAAGGGCUCAGCUCAGAGUUUCACUGCCAGAUCUCCAUACACCAGCUAUUGGCUUCACUUAACAGUUUGUAUAGAGGGUAGAAAUAACUUUUCCAUAAGUUUUACCAUCUGUAUUGACCACAUGGUCAGUUGAGAGAUUUUAAUAGGCUUUUUUUCCUUCAUAAAAUCAGAAAAUGGCCAUCACAAAGGAGCCGCAUAUUACACCCCUUCUGAUAUGCAGCUGCCUCUGGUGGACGGGUUUCUGGGUUGCCCUUUGUACUUUCUUUGUUUAACAGUCACCAGGCGUCUAGAUGGCUUUUCUAAAAGCCAAAAAGCUCUGGACGGGAUUGUGGGCCACUUUUCUUUAGAAUUUUCCAUCUUGAGACUUGAAAUACAGACCCCUCUUUUCAUUUGGCCCCGAGGAGCUCAGGUUUCCUUGGAUGUGCCCAGCGGUGAAGGAGCCCAGGUUUUGGGUCUGGGGGCGCUGCUGCCAGCAUCUCCCCCGCUGCCCCCGCCGUCAGUUCCCUUCUCCUCAGUCAACACCAUUCAGAUCUGUGGGCAAAUAAAUCCCGGUGAGGGAAUGAACCGAGACCUGACGGACGUGAGGAACGGGAGAGGGAAGGUACCUGGAGUUUAUCCAAUAACUUGGUCCGAAUUGAAGUGCCAGGUUUAAGGCUGGAGUGUUCUUGAGCUCGGCAGGGGCGCGCUAAAGGUGACAUUGGAGGGACGAGGGACACCCCUUUGGCGGCAGAGCCGAAGCGGGGAGUGAUGCCGGCAGAUGGGGCCCAGAAUGGCCCUUGCCAGAACCUGCUGGCUGCGGGGCGGCGGGGGCGCCCAUUUUGGGUUAGCUCGCCCUACGGCUAGGAGCCCGGCGGGCUGGGACGCGGCGGGGGCGACAGGGGCCGGGCCAGCGGCAGGAGGGCGGGGCUUCCCUUUGUCAGGGGAUUUGCGCUGCGCGGCCGAGACUAGCGCUGGUGCCGCUCCCCGCCCCUCGCUCUCUCGCGGGGCGGGGCUCUCCCUCCGGCCCCGGGGGCGCGGUGGGCGUGGGCCCGCCAGCCGAGCGGCGGGCGCUGGGCUCCCUCGCCCAGACCCGCGCAGAAGCCCCUCCCUCGGUGCCUCGGCCUCCAAUCCCCUCGGUCGCCCCCUCCCUCCGGCUCGGCGGCUCUCGCCCCGGCUCUGCCCCGCCCUCCUCCCCAGGCUCUCCGCGUCGCCCUCCCCGGCUUCCAGGGGGGCUGCCCGGGCGGGGCGGCGCGGCGCGGCGGCGCGGGGAAGGGGGAGGAGAGCCGCCCGCCAGCCGAGCACUUCCAGCGAGAGGUGGGCGAGCGGGCCGCGCGGCGCGAGGGAGGCGGGCUCGCCCCCGCCCGGCCCGAGCGGAGCCUUUUGUUCCCAGCCAGAAGUUUGCAUGCCGGGACCGUGACAGCUGCGGGCGGGGAGGACGGCGGGGCCGCGGGGCCGGCGGUGGCGGAGAAUAGAGGCGGCUGCUUGACAUGCAGCCCACGGCGUGGCGGCUGCGGACCGGGGACUGGCGGCGGGGGAGGCGGCGCCCACAGCACGCGGGACUCAGCUGCCGGAGGGACCAACUAACUUCCUGAGCGCGGGACUGGAGGCCGGCGCGGCCGGGAACCACCUGCCAGCCUGCGGUGAGGAGACCGUGGCCCUCGGGGCGCGCGGCGCGGUGAAGCGGGCGGCAGGGAGCGAGCCUUGCCGACUGACCCUCGGUCGCCGCCGCAGCCCGCCGGCCCCUCAAAGGGCCGGCGCCGGGCUCCACUCGGCUUGUUUUGCGGCCGCGGCGCUGGGCUGUUUCUGGGAGCCACAACAAUGCCAUGAUGUUUUGGAGACAGGAAGCCCCAAGCUGGCCGCGAAUGAAGGACUUCCUGUGUUUAAAGUUGCAGGAAUAUCCGCCGACCAGCCCCGUUCAAAUACAAACACCCGAACUAGGGAGGACGAAUGGCUAAUUCAGACCAGCUGGACUCUCCAGGGCUGGAACUGAGGAUAAAAUGAAAGGAAUUCUUGGGAGCUUGGGCCAUACUUGAAGACCAGAGAGGCUGUGCCAUUGUUAUUAAAAGACACAAUCGAUGUGAAUCCUCUGCUUCCAACUCUGCUCGGGUGAGAAGUGAGUGGAACUAGAUAUUGAAUAAGACUUGUCAGUACCAGAUGAUUUUUUUUUUUUUAAACUGACUGAAUUAGAGCGGUGCUCUUUAAACAAAUAAAAAAGCCAUAGAAGGAAUAAUUUUGUUGAUUACCUUAUACCAAUUAUCUGUCUGCAACCAUGAGGCUGCUAACCUGUGAGGAAAAAGCUGUUUCUCUUAGAGCUUCUCCCAGAAUAGUUUCAAAGUGCAACUUCCAGGCCUUUCUGGAGGGAAGAUUCGACUGGGGGGUUCGCAGUUAUGAAGAUGUAAAAGGGUUUUUAACCUACACAGAAUGCAUUUUGGGGGAAACUGUGAGAAACUUUUAAAAGGUUGAUGGUUCAUCUUGAUUGAAAAAGUAUGGGUAAGCCACUCAGCAGGCCGGACUGUUUAAGGCAGAACCCUACCUGCCUGGGAAAGGGGGAGGAAGAGGAUGGCUACAUAGAGGAUUGCUAUGUUCCACAGCGAUCUAUAUAUGAUACAAUGAGGAUAAAUGAACAAAUUGACCAGGGGUCAAAGCUUAAUCAGACUUCAAAAAGCACCAUGGAAAAGAUAGAAGGAAGCACUAUAUCCAGCAACGGUACGUUAGGAGCAGCCGCUAAUGUUUUUGAAUCCAGAGCACCAGAAGGCAAAAAGUUGGACGAGAGAAUAAUAUUUGACGCACUAAAGCUAAGCAGUGAUGUGCAGAAGUCAGCACCUGUGCCACCCAGAAGGCGGCCAAAUGCAGAACGCAAGGACAACAUUAACAGGAGAUCUUGGAAGUCCUUCAUGCCACCCAAUUUCCCAGAAUUCGCCGAAAGGAUGGAAGCUUCUCUCAGUGAGGUUUCCGAAGCUGGUGUUUCAAAUCCUUCCUUGCAAGAGAAGAAGGAGUCCAGUUCUGCAUUAACAGAAAGUUCUGGUCACGUGGACCACAAGGAACCUCAGUCAGAGUCAGUAACUCUGGAACAUGUGUCCAAAUCCAUAGGUAUUCCAGAAAUGCAGGAUGUGAAAAACUUAGGUGGAAACAGCCAAGACUUCAGAUUGCAGCAGCGCAGUGAGAGCUCUUCCCGUGAAUUCCAGCCUCUAGAGUCAGAAGCUGCAGCAGCAAGUGGUAACACAGAUGUAAUGCAGGAGCACAGAUUCCCAAGUGCAACCUGGCCCAGAGCCAUGAAAAGUUUGGCUAAGGGAGGCUUCAGCGAGAAGCAGCACCCCCUGGGGGACACAGCUUGCACUGUGGAAUUGCCACCUCUCUCCCCUUGCCUGAGUGAAGAGCUCUUGGAUUCAGAGUUGCGUGUUCUCGUAACCCCCAGCCUCAGGGAGAAGACGGAGUCUGAGCUCAAGUUUGAGGAGGAUGAGCGAUGGAUCAUGAUGGAGGCUGCGGAGGAGUGGGAGGAAGAGAAGCUGUCAGAGAGUGGAAAGACUUUUCUAACAGCACAUGAGGAGAACAGCCUAGCAGAUAUCUUUGAAGAAGGAAAGCAAGCAGAUACUGCGGCAGUGGUGGAGGAUGGAGUCGGCUGCUCCACCGCUGUCGUGGGAGUUUUUGAGCACCUAGCUCUUGGUCAGAUCCGUUGCUCUGAUGACCCGCAGCCUGCUCAAAACUGUUUGGCUUCUGUUCUCAAGGCCGAAUCUUUGGAUUACAACUGUGUUCUAACAGGUGAGACCGCUGUAGAACUGAGAAACAGGACUGCUCUGGGGCUGGAGGGUCUUGUUUCAGAUUUAGAAUGCACUAUUGGUCCUGCCGACUCAGAGCAGCUCUCUGACACAGACUCGGUGCAGAUGUUUCUAGAACUUGAAAAGGAGUGUUUAUCUGAAGAAGGAGUGACUCCUCUAGUUGAGCUGGAGAAUCAAGCCUCUUCUGAAGGGCUGGCCCCAUCCCAGGACGCAGAAAAUUCACUUGUAAUCAGUCCUUUUUCAGGGGCUGCCUUAGAAAAGGAUCAUGUAGACCUUUUAAAGGUAAGGACUGAAGACUGUGGUCCUGGGUUGGAUGGUGACUCUUUCAACGCCCUGGACUCUUCUCAGGUGCCUAAUACUGUGGAAUUUACUGCCUACUCUGAUUCUGUGAGGGACGCUUCCACUGUUAGUGAGGAGGAGGGUGAAAAAGUGCCUUUUAGCCCCGAAACUGCUGGGGAAUUUAACCUUAGAUUCCUGACUGAUCUGGAGUCCCUGGGAGGAUGGUCCAACUCUGAUCACAGGGCUUCUCCUGAAGAAAAUGUACCGGACUCUGAAGCCAAGCUGGCCAAAGAACACAGCAGUUUGUCCCAGGUGGAUGGUCAUGAAGUUGAGGGGAAUGCUGAGGAGGGUGUGGAGAGAGCCCCCCUCGGUUCUGCUGUUAGCCGUGAACUCACAGAUGUUACCUCAGGAUCUGAAGGAGAGGUGUUGCCGGAUGAUUCACAUUUACCAACAGAUGAGAUUCAUUGGGAAGGUGAGAAAGGAGCUAUUAAUGAAGAAGAAAACCUUCUGACUUCCUUGGGAGAUGUGGACCUUUGUGAAUUGUUGUUCGUGGAAGGAGCUUGUGAUGAGGAUGGUGAAGCACAGGUGCUGGAUUAUGAAGCCAGGCUGGAGGACCGAGCCUCAGCACACCUUCCUGGUGAACUCCCAGAGCAAAUCUCCCAGAGUCUCCAGAGAAAGUCCCCGGAGUCAGAGUUCCUGAGUCCGCACCUGCCGGUUGGAGGAGUGAGGCAUAGCAGAGAUGGAGUGGAAACCGUGAAUGGGACCAAGCCCAAGCUGAAUAUGGCCUUAUUGGAGGAAGGGGAAGCAGAAAUGAGAGAUUCCAAUUCAUUGCUAAAUACCUUUCUGGAGGAACAAGUUACCAAGGCUAGUAACACAGAAGCAGUGUUGGAGAGCUGGGCAUCCAUCCCACAGAAGCCUGACGCAGCUGCUGCAGCGCCCACUGUAGAAGAUGCCGUGUGUGCUGCAGUGCCUGUCCCAGAGGGAGCUGCUGCAGCCUCUGUCACAGUGCCCUCUCCAGAGGGGCAUGUCCCAGCUGUUUCCGUGGCCACCGUAGAGGCACGUGUCCCAGCUGCUUCAGGUUUUACCCUAGAAAAGGUUGGCCCAGGUGCUGCAGUGCCUGCUCCUGAGGGGACUGCUCCAGCUGCUGCAGUGCCCACCACAGAGGAGGAUACCCCGGAGGAGCCUGUCACCCCCGCUGGUAGAGUGUCCACCUCAGAGGAGCCUGCAGUCCCAGCUGGAGCAGUGUCCACCCCAGAGGAGCCUGAUACCCCAAAUGUUAGAAUGCUCACCCCAGAGGAGCCUGCCGCCCCAGCUGGUGCAGGGUCUACUCCAGAGGAGCUUGCCACCCCAGCUGGUGCCGUGCCCACUCCAGAGCAGUCUGCUGCCCCAGCUUGUGCAGUGUCAACCCCAGAGCAGUCUGCCACCCCGGCUGGUGCAGUGCCCACCCCAGAGCAGUCUGCCACCCUAGCUGGUGCAGUGUCCACCCCAGAGGAGCCUGCCACCCCAGCUGGUGCAGUGUCCACCCCAGAGGAUCCUGCCACCCCAGCUGGUGCAGUGUCCACCCCAGAGGAGCCUGCCACCCCAGCUGGUGCAGUGUCCACCCCAGAGGAGCCUGCCACCCCAACUGAUGCCGUGCCCACUCCAGAGCAGCCUGCUGCCCCAGCUGGUACAGUGCCCACCCCAGAGCAGUCUGACACCCCAGCUGGUGCAGUGUCCACCCCAGAGGAGCCUGCCACCCCAGCUGGUGCAGUGUCCACCCCAGAGCAGCCUGCUGCCCCAGCUGGUACAGUGCCCACCCCAGAACAGUCUGCCACCCCAGCUGGUGCAGUGUCCACCCCAGAGGAGCCUGCCACCCCAGCUGGUGCAGUGUCCACCCCAGAAGAGCCUGCCACCCCAGCUGGUGCAGUGUCCACCCCAGAGAAGCCUGCCACCCCAACUGAUGCCGUGCCCACUCCAGAGCAGCCUGCUGCCCCAGCUGGUACAGUGCCCACCCCAGAGCAGUCUGACACCCUAGCUGGUGCAGUGUCCACCCCAGAGGAGCCUGCCACCCCAGCUGGUGCAGUGUCUACCCCAGAGCAGUCUGCCACCCCAGCUGGUGCAGUGUCCACCCCAGAGCAGUCUGCCACCCCAGCUGGUGCAGUGUCCAUCCCAGAGGAGCCUGACGCCCCAGCUGGUGCAGUGCCCACCCCGGAGGAGCUUGCAGCCCCAGCUGCUGAACUGUCUGCUCCAGAGGAGUCUGAUAGCCCAGCUGUUAGAGCGUUCACCCCAGAGGAGCCUCCUGCUGCAGCUGCUGCAGCCCCAGCUGUGGAGGAGGUGCUCCCCGUUGGCGCACCCUUCCCGGGAGAUGCUCCCCAUGCUGAUUCAGUGCCUGUCUCAGAAGGAACUUCUAUUCUAGAAGAGGCUUCCCCUGCUGGAAUGCCGAUCCAGCAGGAGCUUGAUUCCCCAGCAUUUGGAGUAAAAGAGGUGACUGGCACAGUGCUGCAUGGGAAAGUGCCUCUGGCUGCAAUUGAUGGAUUAAAUUCAAAUGAGGUAAUUGUUGCUCAUUUUGUUAGGGCAGGAUGUGGAGAGUAAAGUGAGAUUUGCAAGUUCUGUGACUUGGUGGUGAUUAGAAAGGGCACAGAUAAUUCUUUGGGUCUCUUAAGAAUGCCUGAGUUUUUCUGGCCUUUUUUGGUCUUUUUAUUGAAUUUAUGGGGAAAACGUGUCUUUCGUCUGCUGAAAAACUUUAUAAUUCAGACUUUUUCUAAUUGGGCUAUAAGCAAAGCUCAAGGAAAUUAGGAAUGUAAACAGUUUUGCCUUUAAUUUUGGAAAAGAUUAUUAGCGGGAAAGGGUGAUUCUGCUUUUGAAAUUUACAGUGUGUUCUUUCCUAAAUCAAGGGGCUGCUUAUUCAUUGGUGAUGUUAGCAGUCAAGUAGAGGCUAGAGUAUAUGUACUUUGGAUGGAGACCUGGGAUACUUUUAACAACUCUGAGACAGUUAAAUAUCCUGAGGCUCCAGUUGCCUCAUUUGUUAAGGCAGAAGAACCCUGUGAGGGUUGUGAGGGUAAAAUGAGAUCAUCCGUUCAAAGCACCAAACACAGAAGAUUUGAGUCACUGUCAAUAUGCUUCCCCUUUCAAAUAGAUAACGUUGGUUAACGUUGCUUAACUGAAAGAAUUCACCAAAGCAGGUUGAGUGAAAGCCAUAUAUGGAUGUGUGAAUAACAGUUUUUAAAUACAAAUGUGUAUUUUUAAAGCCUGAAAAAGAUACAGUAAUGAUUAUGAAGAAAGUAUUUUAGUAAUCUUGUCAGUCUUUGUGUUCGGAAACAAGUCACUUUUCUCUCCCUAGACCUCUUGUUUCUUAAUCUGUGAAAUUAGGAAAUUGGACUAAUGUCCUCCUGGGUCUCAUACCUCCAAGGUUUUGAAGUCCUCCCGUUAGAGAACAUAAUGUGUUGUGAACCCUGUUCCCAAGAUUCUUAUCCUUUAGCAUUUCAUAAUCAGAGGAUUUCGAGAAUGGCAGCUCUCUGCACUUUACUGUCCUGGUGUCAUUUGGUCACUGAUAAGGAGGGAAGGAGUUAGAAGUUUAAUCAAAUACAGUCAGUGGUAACUGAGUGCAAAGGUGGUUUUAAUUUUGCACCAUCUCCAGGACCCAAAACAGUGCCUUCCCUGUAGUAUGCAUUCCUGUUGACUGAGUGGAUGAAUGUUAAUCUCCUAAAUAUUCAUAGAUGCUGCGAGAAAGUUGGGUUCACCUCCAUUGCAGAACCUUUCAGGGAAACCUUAGUCAGCUAGGACCAAUUAAACAUGCAGCUGCCAGCAAGGAAAGAUCAUUUUGACUGCAGGCUAUAAGCCGUCAACCAAGCUAAGCCACAGAUCUUCCGCUUAGCUGUGUGGUAGUGGUGUCACCUGGACUUCACAAUUAUUUUGUAAUGGAGCACCCCAUCAAAUUAGAGUGCAUCACCUUUCGGGUUGAUGGAUUUGAUCCAGUUUUCUCAGUUUUACUGAAUUUGGGGUUGACACCAAGAUCCUAUCCAGCAUCCUAUGCAAAGUCACCAGCAUUCUUGAUUACACAGACUAUUUCUAUUACAAAGCCUGCAACAAUAGUUGAUGAAAUACAGGGAUUUCAUUAUAAAGAGCCAGUCAAAUCUGCAUAAAGGAAAAAUAUUCAGAGAAACUCUUAAGUCAGUCUCUGGGAUCUCUGGUAGUCUGGCAGCUACAGGAGGUAGUCAUUUUAUGAAAUAUUGGCCAAUAUAAAUGACAGGAGAAACAAAUAGUAGCCCAGCUGCAAAGUCUGUGAUUUAGAAUGAACUGCUCUAGAUCCUCUUCAUAUGUAUGUAAAAUGUUCACAUGUAUACAUGGUUAAAAUAGAUACAAGCAUUCUAAUAGCAAUCACAAGGUUUAGUAGAAGAAAGAAGAGCCAGAACUUGUUUGCUAUUUCCAUAGUGGGAUCCUAAGUUCACUAAGAGCAAUCUGUGGUUCUUGAAGCUUUCUUCUCAUGUGUAGACUUCCUUAGACUUAUUUCCAGUCACUGGUUCAAUGAAGAAAACAACUGUUUGUAUAAAAUAGUGGUCCUAUAAAAUUAAGAAUUUGCCACGGAAGUUUUUAAGCAAAAAUUGGGGAGCCUCACAAUCUCAGUUCAACACUUGAAUCCUCAGCCAAUCAACAGAACUUUUAUGGAUUUGUUUGCUUUCUCUCACACUGUUUCUGUGCAAGGAUUCAUUCAUUUAUAGGAUAACUACUUAUCGUGUACCCAGUACUCUGCACUGGGUACUGGAACUUCUGCAGUAAAUAGAAUUGGUGUGGUCCCUGCCCUUGUGGGACUUACAGUAUAGUAGGGGAGGCUUCAGUUAUGUCUCUUUACAAUCCUGUGGACUGUAGCCCACCAGGCUCCUCUGUCUGUGGGAUUCUCCAGGCAAGAAUACUAGAGUGGGUUGCUGUGCCCUCCUCCAAGGAAUCUUCCAGACCCAGGGAUCAAACCAGCAUCUCCUUCAUUGCAGGCAGAUUAUUUGCCGUUGAGCCACUGGGAAAGCCCAGGGGGAGGCAGAAAUUAAGCAAAAAUGAUACAAAUAUAUGGUUAUAAAUAAUGGCAAAUGCUUUGAAUAAAAAAAAAAAGUUAUUAUAAGAAACAAUAGGGGUAUUUAAUUUCAGUUGCCGUGUCAAAGAAACAGUUUUAAAACUAUAACCUGAAGGAUAAAUAGAAGUUACUUAGUCAAAGAGCAUUCUAGACAAAGGAAAUGAAAACUGGAAAGAGCUUGGCAUGUUAAAACUAAAAGAGAGCCAAGUGACCAGACCACAGUAAGCAAGGUUUCCAGAAGAGUGUCUUGCAGUGAACCUGGAAAGGUGGGAAGGGGCCAGAUGAUGCAGGGGCUGAGAAAGAAAUCAAGGAUCUCUACCUUACAAGCCAUAGGCAAGUAUUGGAAGAUUUAAGUAGGGGAGUGAAAUUAUUUCAUUUUCAUUUUUUAAGGAUGACUCAGCUUAAAAGAUAGAGAAAGCUGGUUCACAUUGACAAAAAAAUUUUCAACAUUAUUUGGGUUUAUAAAUCUCAGAUUUCUUUUGUUUUAUAUUUUGAUAGUUUGUAUUGUAAUUGACAUGGAAUUCAGAAAACACAGAAUGGUUUGCAACUUUAAAAAAAUCACACUGGCUACUAUGUUUAGGAUGAAUUGUAUGGGAUCAAGGACAAAGUAGAGAGGCCUGCUCAAUUACUGCAAUUGUCUGGGUGGCUUGGAUAGAGAGUCAGUGGAUUUGAAGACAGAGUCAGUGGAUGGAUCUGAGACACAGUUUAGGGACAAAAUCAGUAAGAUCUGAUAAUAACUUUCAUGUUGGGGGGUAGUGAGGGGAAGUUAUCAAGGAUGGUUUCUAGAUUCUGAUCUGCAUCAUUGAGUAGAUGGGUGUUGGAGGGUGGAGGAAACAAAAAGUACCCGUUGAAUUGAGAAGGCAUUUUGAGACCAAAAAAGAAGGCAGGAAGCUCCAUAUAAUCAAUGGAUCAGUUUAUUAUAGAGUAACUUACUCUCAGGCUUCCCUGGUGUCUCAGCAAUUAAGAAUCCGCCUGCCAAAGCAGGAGAUGUGGGUCAGGAAGAUCCCCUCAAGAAGGAAAUGACCACCCACUCCAGUAUUCUUGCCUGGAAAUUCCCGUGGACAGAAGAGCCUGGUGGGCUACAGUGCAUGGGGUUGCAAAAGAGUCAGACAUGACUGAGCAACCAAACAACAACUUACUCUCAGGGUAGCAUCAGGCAGACUACAACCCAGAAGCAUUCUCAGCUGCACUCUGCACCAUCGUGGGGGCAACUGGUACAGUUCUGCAGUUAACCUAGAGGGUGGGGGUCGGUGCUUGGGAAAAGGACUUGUAUUCCUAAGUCAAUAUUUAUGAAUGGGUUCUAAUCUAUGGACACUAGGAAUAUACAUCAGCAAAGGUUUUCAUCAUUGUUUGGGGACACACAGAGCAUAGGAGCUACCUGGUCCUGAUGAUGAUUAAACAGUAUCUAUUAUCUACAAAGCCCUUGACAACAGAGAAGUGAUGUACUGUACAUUACAGUCCUGGGUAGGGUCAGCAGAAGGACAGGAGAAACUCUAAGGGCCCAAGAUGGUGUCAGUAAGGCUCACAGCCAUACAGUGGGGGCAGUGGCGAAUUGCUCAGGGAAGGGCAGCAUUGGGGGAGAGGAAAUUAGCAGGUACAUUGUUCAACUUUGGAAUGGUAUAUGGCAAUAUUAAGGAAAAUAGUUGGAUAUUUAGAUUUGAAAUUCAAAAUAUAUAUAUAAUUUUUAGAGUAAUAAGCAUUUAUUAUGGUAAGGAAUGCCAUAGGAAUGGGUAGAAUUGCCUUUAAGGGAAUGUAGAUUGAGAAAAGGGCUCAGGACUGGUAUCCUACCCUUGUCUCUACCCUCUAAGGCUAACAUUUGGAGAUUUAGACGAGAAAGAGGAAGUGCAUGAAGGACAUCAAAAAAGGAUCAGUCAGGAUGAAAGCUGGGAGAAUGUGGUAUUACUAUAGAUAAAAGUGUUUUAAGAAGGUCUUUGGGAAAUUUUCUGUUUUAUGUCCCUGUUGCAUCUUACAGCCAUGCAAUAAUUUUUACUAGUGUUCUGCUCUGGGAAAUGUCUGCCAGCACUGGUUAGUUGGUAACACGGCACAGUCCAUGUGCCACGGAAUACUAAGGAGUAGGAAUUUUAAUGUAUCUAAAAGCACAAGUUUUGUGAAACAGCUUUAUUAGGGAAUUAAGAGAAAGGAGCAAGUGUUUUCAGAUUUAUUUUCUUUAACAUUCUGUUCACUUGUGUUCACUAUGAAUAUUUAAAGGGUACUAGUAUAUAGAACAGAGAAGGCAAUGGCACUCCACUCCAGUACUCUUGCCUGGAGAAUCCCAUGGACGGAGGAGCCUGGUGGACUGCAGUCCAUGGGUUCUCGAAGAGUCGGA